AUGCGGGGCGAUAUUAACGAUUUCUUAAACGCUUUAUUAGGUUAUAAAAAAACGAUUUUAAUAAGUCUUAGUAUAAUUACUAUAUUAGUUACUUAUCCUACCGAUUUACUCCUCGAGGAAUAUAACGAGAUAAUUAUAAAUACUAUUUAUUGCCUUAACGUUUAA